GUUGACUCAAACACGGCGAAGCCUUGGGACCACGGUGUUGGAUAGGUUAGGAUCUGCAAGAGCAAGGCUAUCAAAAGGAAGUUACUCAAUGGAACUAGUCCUCUGCAUGAUUUGAUUAUUUGUAUUCAACAUUACAGUUGCAGUGAACAUUGUCGCACAGGGUGUCAACCACGAUGUGUAGCCGCAAUGACAAUGAGGACGGCUCUGAGAGUUACAUGGAAGCCAAGAGCAAACCCUUGUGGUCCUCUACUUGUCAGAAGUGCUCAGGUCAUAAUCCAGUCAUACAAAUUCUGCAGAUAAAACAUGCUUAUUGCAAAAACUGUUUUGUCACACACGUCAACCACAAAUUCCGCUCCACAUUGGGCAAAUCGAAAAUGAUGAGACCGAGUGAUGUCGUGUUAGCUGCGUUUUCUGGGAGUUUGAAAUCUCAUGCCAUGCUUCAUUUACUUCAUGCUGGUCUCUCUGAAAAGAGUCAUAAGAGAUUUCUUUUUAAGGUUCAAUUUAUAUAUGUAGAUGAAGGGGCGGUAUUGGGACUCUCUUUGGCUGAAAGGAUAGCCAAUCUGAGGGCAAUCGCAACAUUAGCUGAGCAGUACGGCUUUAGUGGUCACUUCACUUCUCUGGCGUGCCUCUUUGAUUCCAGUGGUCCUCGAUGCUUCCCUCUUAACAAAAAUAGUUCUUUAACAGCAGAAAAUAGUCUAGAGAACGAAUUACAACUCCUUUUUCAAAACAUCGUUAGUCUUACAGCUAAAGAAGACAUGUUAAAACAACUGAGAAAACAGCUCCUCCUGCUUGCUGCAAAAGAGCUUUGCUGUGGGAAAGUUUUCAUGGCUCACACUUCAACAGACUUGGCUAUUCAAAUACUUACUGACGUUUCUCUUGGAAGGGGAUCUCUCAUGCACCAUGAUGUGACAUUUUGUGAUUUCCGUGAUAAAGACAUAAAGAUACUGAGACCUCUAUUAGAACUUUCUAGCAAGGAGGUUGCCUUUUAUUCUGUAUACCACAAACUUGAUAAUGUGUUCAUCCCCUCUCUUUGCACCAAGAUGGCAUCUGACAGCAGCAUACACAAUUUAUCCAAGCAAUUUGUUAUGGACCUUAUGGAAAACUUCCCAUCUACAGUGUCAACAGUUUUCCGCACUGGAGAAAAAUUAGGAUCUACAUCCUCUCCAGACAAUUCAGAGGAAGAUGAUAAUUCUUGCAUUAUUUGUCAAGCUCGUCUUGAAGUAAAUUUGUCACCUUGCACGUCUGCUCAAGCCACAGAAUUUUCAAGGCUAAUAUCUUCUCUUGGACCUCUUGGGUUUGAUAGCAAGACAUUGUCUUCUAUAUCAGGUAGCAAUGGUGCAGAGUCUUGUUGCUCAGGGUCUGCUAGCAAUUGUUGCUGCAACAGUAAUCAAGAUUCGCCAUCUCUCUCUGAUAUUAUGGAAUGUUGCUGCUAUGGGUGUCGUUUGAUUUUGCACGAUUUGAAAUCUGUGUCAAGCCUUUCUGAAAGGAUUCUUGAGCAAGUGCGUCGGAGGAAAAGCUUAAAUAGCAUGAGAGAUAGCAUCAAGGACUUCCUUUUGUAGGUAGCCUACAAAUAUCAUGAAUUUUAAUCAUCAAAUUCCACACAACACUUUAUGGUAUUGGGAUUGCAAAGCACAACUUAUAUCAAUAAAAGAAUAGUACCCAGGA